CAUUGGUCGAGCCCAGAAGAGUCUGCACAGUGUGGCAGGACCACCGAAGCCAUUUUAUUAUUAUAACAGCAAAGGUGCAGGUGCAUCAAAAUAUAUUUUUUAUAGUCACAGUUGUAAUUUUAGAGCUCAAGUUACCAUGGGACAGUGUGGAAUUACGUCAUCCAAAACCGUCUUGGUUUUUCUCAAUCUCAUAUUUUGGGCUGCAGCUGGAAUUUUAUGUUACAUUGGAGCUUAUGUGUUUAUCACAUAUGAUGACUAUGACCACUUCUUUGAAGAUGUGUACACAUUGAUUCCUGCUAUCAUAAUAAUAGCAGUUGGGACUCUUCUCUUCAUUAUUGGCUUGAUUGGCUGCUGUGCAACAAUACGUGAAAGCUCCUGUGGUCUGGCAACUUUUGCUGCCAUUCUCCUGCUGGUGUUUGUAACAGAGUGUGUGGUGGUGGUGCUUGGCUACAUAUACAGGGCAAAGGUAGAAAAAGAGGUGAAUCACUCCAUCCAGAAGGUUUACAACGAAUACAAUGGCACCAACACCGAUGCUCCCAGCCGCGCUAUUGACUAUGUGCAGAGGCAGCUUCACUGCUGCGGCAUUCACAACUACUCUGACUGGAGGAACACGCGCUGGUUCAAAGAAUCUAAGAACAACAGCGUCCCAGUCAGCUGCUGUCAGCCCGGCAUAAGUAACUGUAGCGGCACUCUCACUCGACCAGCAGAUCUCUACCAAGAGGGUUGUGAAGCUCUUGUUGUGAAGAAGUUAAAGGAGAUCAUGAUGUAUGUCAUAUGGGCUGCACUCACCUUUGCAUCUAUACAGAUGCUGGGCAUGCUCUGUGCCUGCGUGGUGCUGUGCAGGAGGAGUCAUGACCCAGCGUACGAGCUGCUGGUCACAACCAACAGCUAUGCAUGAAGGACGCAGCCAACCAACGAAACACUAAACGUCAAAAAUCAAAAGGAGCGUCACCAGACAUGUCCACAGUAGAUUUCAGCUGUAGUUAUAUAAGCUCAAGCACACCUUGCACAAUUCAUGAUAAAGUAGUGAACACAUGAUGUGGUUUGGGUGGGUGGGGGCUUCAAGGGGUAACCAGUUAUUUAUUGACAUGCUUUAUUACUGUUACUUUAAAUGUUCUUUUUAUUCUCUUUACAAAUUCUGAAAUAUUUACAGAAGCCAAAGUUGUAUAUGGCUUAGUGACAUUAUUGAUGUUGACGCAGAUUUCUUUUUCCGUUCAAUUGUGGCUUGAUAAAAUUUGGGCUCAUCCCCAGUGAGGAGGAUGAGAAGUAAUUUGGAGCAAAUAUAUGUAUAAUUUCACAGUGUGGGAGUGUUGUAUGGAAUGUAUUUCCUUGUGUGCUAGUUUGCACUACAGCUGGAGCUCUGGCGAUAUUUCAUGGUUGUAAAUGAAAAUGCUAUGCUAAAAAGAACAUGUACAUUAUUCCUAAGUUGGUUUGACCAGAUUUUGUGAAAAGGGAAAAAACAUUUUACCACACAGAACAAAUUCAGUGUUUUUGUCUCAGUCGUUAAAUUUUUGUUUUUGGAGCAGCUCUGCGUUUUGUCGCUCAAAGCCAUGGUUGGUAGAAAGAGUUCUUCAUAUUCACAAUUAUUCAGGUUGUGAAUAAUGUGCAUUCUGUUUUGAUGUGGAUGUUCUCUGAAUCAGGCUUCAUUAGUGAGUGCCAAUAUGUACAUUGUGAAUGACCUGUUUAGUCUCCAGUGCUAUUAGUAGGAGUAUUAUCAGUGUUACCUGAAGACCUGUGUAUGUGUAAAUUCAGUUUGUUACAGUCAGAGAAUUCCAUUGGUUUAGUUUGUUAGUUAUAAACCUACUAUAAACAAUUAUGACACUUUGUUUUAUACAUUUUUGUGAAAUUGUGCACCGUUUUAAUAUUUUUGAGGUGUUAAGUUGACCCUUAGAUAUUUAGCUAGUGCUGCUGAAAAAAAACAUGACAACAAAAUUGUAAAGACUGGAGAACAGGCAGGUGACAAAUAAACUCAUACAUUUCAACUUGA